AUGCCGACGCGUGUGGCAAUCGACAGCGACGACGUCGAGGAGAAAGUCUCGUCUAUAUUUCAGCAGGUCCAAGCAAAUGUCGCGUCCCACAAGAAAAACAUGGUGCAGCUCCACAAGCUGCACGUCCAGUGCUCUCAACAUACUCAACCGACCGCCCAAGGCCUUCGCCUCGUUGGGGAAAAGGUCUUCAACAGCGCCUUUCGUGAAAUGAUCUGUCAUGUGCUACCGCUCAAACGAGGGACUACCGUAGCGGACCGCGUCGUUCGCUUUGUCGGCACCUAUGUCAAAUAUCUUGGAGAGAAAACUACAGAAGAGAUGCAGAAAGAUGGCCGCGGCGAGGAGGAAGACUCUUUGACCGCCAGAUUCGUCAGAUUUCUCCUCAGCACUCUCUUGCGUGGUUUUACUUCCAAGGACAGAUACGUCCGCUAUAGAUCGGUCCAAUUCGUGGCCGAGAUUAUCACUUUGCUAGGAGAACUCGAGGAGGAUCUGUACACAUCUCUUCGAGGACUAAUUCUGGAGAGAGCUCAAGACAAGGAAGUCACAGUUCGAUCACAAGCCGUCAUCGCCAUUGGAAAGCUUCAAAAAGCAGAACAACCCGAAGAUCUGGAGGUGGAAGAUCUCUCCCUGGUCGACGUUCUGUGUAAUAUCAUUCGUUAUGAUGCAUCACCGGAUGUUCGUAGGAUCGCCCUCAUGAACACGCCAGUCGCCGAAAAGACAUUGGAAGCGGUCAUAUCUCGCAUACGAGACGUCGAGGAUACCGUUAGAAGGGCGGUAUUUCAGCAUUCCCUUCCUCAGAUUCCUCAUCCUCGCGUCCUGACCAUCGUUCAACGUGAGCGAAUCCUUCGGGCAGGUCUUGGCGAUCGCGAUCCUGCUGUCAAAGAGGCGGCACGCUCCUUGACCCUGAAGUGGUUAAAGCAUCUCGAAGGAGACCUGAUCAAAUUCCUUGAAACAUUCGAUCUGGUGGGAGGUGACGUAGCCGAACAAGCUUUAUACGCCAUUUUCGAGGCUGAGGACACUAUAUUCUCGUCUGUAAAAUUUGAGGGGAGUUACUGGGAAUCACUCACCCCUGAGAAGGCCUUCCUUGCACGAGUUUUCACCGAUUUCUGUGUUAGAAAGGGUGAACACGCGCGUGUGGAAGAUAGCCUUCCAGUCGUCACUGCGUUAGCCUUUCUUAUUCAAGCCUCUUACAAUCGCCUGGCCGAUUGCUUGCGAAUGCGACAAGAAGCGCUAAAUGUACGUUCGGAUCCAUUCAACAAUAAUGUGCCCGAACAAGAUGCAUCUUGGGAGGCAGAGCACCUCGACUUGGAGUUCGUCGUGGGCGAGCUCUUCAGGAUCGCUGUAAAUAUGGACUAUGGAGAUGAGAUUGGCCGACGCAAAAUGUUUGCACUUAUUCGCGAGAUGAUUGGACAACGCGCGCUACCCGACGGACUUGUACCAGGCUGCCUUGACGUCCUGCGCAGGCUUACACCAAGCGAGAAGGACUUCAUUCGAUUGACUGUGGAGGUUAUUCAGGUGAUGAGGGAUCCGGGGAUAGACAUGGAUCAAGAACAGGUCGCGAUGGAUGAUGAGACCCAACCAGGAGAUACGCCCAUGAAGAGGUCAAAGCUCUUUGCCCCGUCAGCGGAGAAGUCCGCAGAGGAACUAGCUCGUAUGGCUGAUGUGGAUAUGCGGUGUCUCUCACUCUGUACCGCGAUGCUGGAAAGAGUGAUGAGUCUUACUCAGAUCGCUGAGACCUUCGACGAAAACCCGACGCUUGACGGUGUCCUCACAGAACUGAUCAUCCCUGCUGUCAAGAGCAAGGAGCCGGCAAUGCGGGAAAGGGGCCUAAUCGCGCUCGGCCUAUGCUGUCUUAUUCAUAGGAAAAUGGCGGUCACCUCAUUCGGCUUGUUCUUAAACCAGGUGGAAAAGGCGUCUUCUAGCCUCAAAAUCAAAGCACUUCAAAUUGUCUUUGACAUGCUCACUAUGUACGAACGGGACUUGAUGACGAAACAACCAGGUACAGAUGGGGAUCCUCAAGAACAAAUAACAGAGUUUCUCUUGGGUGUUUUGGGGAACGCAGAAACAGAAUCCAUCCAGGCAAUCGCUGGUUUAGGGCUGGCAAAACUCCUCAUCGCUGGUAUCAUCACCCAUGAUAAGGUGCUGUUCCUUCCCCGUCUAUUCAUGCGACUAAAACGAUACGUUCAGGUCCUUCAAAGCCUUGUGAUGAUAUACUUUUCUCCAGAAACCAUGGGUAAUCACCAACUGCGCCAAUGUUUAUCGAUUGCACUACCGAUUUAUGCAUACGCCGCAUCAUCGAACCAACAGCGCUUGCAAAGGGUUGUCAUACCAGCCCUCAGAAUACUCACCGAGGUAUUCGAUGAGCUUGAUAGUGAACAAGAAAUGAUUACUCCGCUUCAAAUUCUGGGUACGCUUGUGGAUUGGACAGACGCUCAGAAGGUGUUUGCUCCCGACCACGCUACCUCGCAGACCAUCUAUUCCGAGAUUCAUGUCGAUCUCGCUGUGGAUAUGAUUUCCGCUAUGUUUGAUGCAGAUGAUGCUCAACGAAAAGUCUAUAUUCAAGUCCUCAACAAGUUAUAUUUGCCCAAUGAGAUAGAUGAAAACAAAUUGCGCAAGCUCAGAUAUUUGGCUGUAAGCUACAGGAUGAAACGGGGAUAUCCAGACGCGGCCAGCAAGGCGUCAUUUGAGCGCUUCCUUAAAUCCCUCGAAAAGCACUAUGCAGAAGUUUUUGAGGGUCUGCCAGAAGAGGAGGCAAGAAAGAUGGAGGCUUUCAAGGACCUUUUCGAGUUUCUGGACGAGAUUGUUCCGGAUGUUGGAGGCGACACGGCAAAGGAGAUAACGAGACUACCUGGAAAGAAAGGCUCAAAGCGCAAGCGAGCCGGUUCAGAUGAGAGUGAUACGACCAAUACUUCGCCAUCACCACCUUCAAAACGUCCCAAAUCUACUCGCGCGGCUGUCCUGGCAACACACAAGGUACCAAAGCUUGAAUAUGAUAACCACGAUUCCAACGGAGAGGAAUCUGAGGAAGAAGAUUCAGAAGAUCGACGAUCGUCCACAAAGAGGAAGCGAGAAACUAUUGAAGAUAUAGACGCUGACAUUGAUCAACUGCUAGGCAAACGUCUUAAAAGAAGCAGCGGGGCAUCGGCAACCUCGGCCAUGACGGCGUCAACCACCUCACGGAAGACAGGCAGAAAAUAUAACGGUGGAAAGCUUGGCAAACCGAGGACAGGAGCUACAAAAGCUACAAGCGCCCGGCGCCAGCAUGCAACAUCCUCAGAUGAGUCAGAUGCACAGACAUUGCCAGAGAGCACAUUACCAGAAGGAUCAGAAAUUGGACAAGAGAGUGACGAUGAGUCAGAACACGAAGUCGCUGGAGAUCUGCUAGGCACAGAUUCGGAAUGA